UUAACAGUGUUUUAGAAACCUGUAUGGCCUGUAUGUUUCGGAAUUGAGGAAAAGUAUUAAGCGCUGCGUUUAUUCUUUUUGCUUUCUUUUUCGCAGCAUUGACCACCGUCGAAGCGGAGAUAAUUGAACUCUUUCCCCAUGCUGUUCGCGGCGUGUGACACUAGUUGAACGGGACGCAAAAGCUCGACGACCGUCCGCUUGUCAUGUCGUCCCAAGAUGAGAACUCCGAUUCUGUGCUCGAAUACAUGCCUUCGUUCCCGUCGGGACCGCUGGACAGUUACCGGAAGUUGGCCUCCUUCGAUUGGCGAAAGUUGAAAGUGGCCCUGGAGGGCGAAGACAUUAUACGUUUCAAGGCCAAGGUGUUCAAGACUCUGGAGAAUGACCCGCUGUUUUCGCGCCAGCCUUUUGAUGACAUCACCUUGGAAGAGCACCGUCACCUGUGCUUCCGGCGGAUGAAGCGCAUCUUUGAGUACCAAUUCUACUCUCAGGAGGAGUUCUUCCAGAAUCCGUUCCUUUCAUCUGCGUGCAAUAACUGCAUCGGUGCCUACGACUGGUCGCUCUCCAUCAAGAAAGUCCUCUGCUUUGAUAUGUUCAUUGGAGCUGUGAGGGGACUAGGAACAAAGAGGCACAUGCGGAUAUUUGACGAAAUAUUGAAGUUCGAGGCAGCUGGAUGUUUUGCACUGACUGAGCUCAGCCAUGGGACAAAUACAAGAGCCAUGCGGACAGAAGCAGUGUACGACCCAAGUACUCAGGAGUUUGUCCUGAACACUCCCGACAUUGAAGCCAUCAAGGUCUGGUCCGGAAACAUGGGCCAGACGGCUACGGAUGCCAUAGUAUUCGCUCAGUUGCUGACAGCUGAUAGGAAGAACCGGGGCCUCCACGCCUUCAUUGUUCCCAUCAGAAACCGCAAGACACUGCUUCCGUUCCCCGGUGUCCUCGUGGGUGACAUGGGUCCCAAGCUGGGCCUCAAUGGCAUCGACAAUGGGUUUCUGUCUUUUCACGACUAUCGGAUACCUCGAGAAAACCUGCUGAACAGGACUGCGGACGUGACACCCGAGGGGGAAUACGUCACACCACUGAAGGAUCCAAAAAAGAGGUUUGGAAUGACCCUGGGCUCCCUGUCUAUGGGACGUGUCGCCAUCGUGGGCAUCUGCACCACAAACCUUAUCAAGAGCAUCGUUAUCUCCACCCGGUACUCGGCAGUACGUCGCCAGUUUGGUCCCGAAAACCAGGAAGAGUGGCCUGUCAUCGAGUACCAGCUGCAGCAAUGGCGGCUGAUCCCGUUCCUCGCAGCGGCUCACGUGAUGAAUUACUACUCAGCCGCCCUGUAUCGAGAGUUUGUUAGCUUCCACAUAGCGGUCCUUUUUGGAGACAAGUCUCCCGAAGUGUCCGAACAAGGCGUGGAGUUGCACAUCUUGUCAUGUGCUGCCAAGUGUAAAGCCGGCUGGCUGGCCAGGGACGCAAUACAGGAGAGCCGCGAGGCCUGUGGUGGCCAUGGCUACCUCAAAGUGUCGGGUCUUGGCGAGCUGCGCAACGACAAUGAUGCCAACUGCACCUACGAGGGUGACAACAACGUGCUUCUGCAGCAGACGAGCAACGUGCUGCUGUCACUGGUGCAAGGACGCAAGUCGGGCCAGCCCCUGCCGGCGUCCAUGGCCACCAUCCAGUUUCUUAACGACAUGGAGGCCAUUCUGCAGGGCACCCUGGCAGCGACAACCGUUCGCGAGAUGACCGACGUCAACGUGAUAUUGGCAGCGUACAAGUGGCUGGUGUGCUACCUGCUGAGGGUGAGUGACGAGAAAUACACGACGCUGCUGUCUCAGGGAGAAGACCAGUUUUCGGCCAAGAACAACACACAAGCAUUCUGCCUCCGUGAACUGGCCUUGGCGUACAUUGAGCACACCAUUGUGGAAAAGUUCCAGAAUUUCAUUGGCGACCUGAAAGACCCUCAGCUGUGUAUUGUGCUGCAGCGAAUUAAUUCCCUCUUUGCCCUUUGGAGCCUGGAGAAACGCAUAGGGGACCUGUAUGGCGGUGGAUAUUGUGCAGGUGAAGCUGCCAAGAAUUUGAUGCGGGAAGGCAUUCUGCAGCUAUGCCGGGAGCUGAAAGAUGACGCUGUCACGCUGGCGGAUGUUAUCGCUCCACCCGAUGUUGCGCUCAAUUCUGUUCUCGGCUGCUCGGAUGGACAGGUGUACAAGAAGCUGUUCCAGUCAUUCGUUCUUUCUCCGGGAGGCACACAACGGGCGCCCUGGUGGAAGGAGUUCCUCGACAAGCCUGUCAUGGGCUCCCUCUUGGCAAAGCUCUGAGGUCGCCCGUUGCAGGUGGCAGCGCGCGUCGCGUUAUGACAACUUCAGUGAAUGCAGGGGAUGCGCAAGGUGUACGUCACCAGAUUGGGCUCGCACGCGCUUUCUGCCCUUUUGGCGAGUGGGGAAGCAGCCCCACUGAGUGCAUCGCAGGUUUCGUAUUAUUGUGGACCCGGUUAAACACCCAGGUAAGGAAGAGUGGGUGUUGGCUGGUGGGAAUAUCAAGCCAUUCGUUUAUAGUCAAAAAUAUUUUUCGUAAUUGAUCAAUCUUCGAGAUUACCAGCAGAGAAUGUCAUGGCAAUGGGCUGAGUUUUAAUAUUAAAGAGACACUAAAGUGAAACACCCAGUCAGUUUAGGCCGAUAAGUUAUUGAGUACGUCAUUGUAGUUAAUUUUGUCAUCACGUAUCUUUUAUAAGAAGAGCAAAUGAAGGUCAAAGUUUCGUUCUUGAAUUUUGCGCCUAAACCUCAGCAUUUGAAUGUCGACACGAUGUCAUUGGUUUCAAAGUACUUUUUAAAUAUUUUCUCCACGUUAGUGAUGUUAGUGACGCUGGAGUGCACUGAACGUUUUUUCGUGUGGCAGUUUCGUUGUGCAAUAGUAUAUACCGUAUUAUGUAUUAUUACUCGCUCAACAUAACUUAGCAACCAGUUCAUUUGCAGCUGUAGGUAAUGGUGCUUGCUCAGUUUUUUUUUUUGUUUUUUUUGUUAUCUUACUGCUUCAUUAAUCUGUCAGUUCAAACAUUUAGUGACAGAUUUUUAAAUUUUUUGUGGGAAAGGGCUUGUCCUCCUGUAUAACAUAUUUGACUAUGUAGUAUAUCUCAGGAAUGUGAAAAGAAACUGUGCUUGUAAAUGAUGCGCAAAACAAGAAUCACAUUAUGGCCUCGAAAUUUGCCUGUAAGAUGUAAGGAAGCCUUACCACAAGGAUGAUAUCCUACCUCUGAAAUUAUAAUGGGAGAAUCGCUUAAGUAAUGUAUAAAGUUUACGUUCUGUGUAAAUAGCAAUGCUUCACAGAAAUGAGUUGAAAAGCACAUACUAACACAUAUUUCCAUACCUGCCAACUCUCCCGAAUUGUACGGGAGACUCCCGAAUUUGGACCUAAUCUUCCGAUUGUAGGAAUGUCAUCUCGAAUCUCCCGAGAAGUGGCCACCACAGCAGAGGCGGGUUUUUUUCUCUUUUUUAAAAUCAUCCGCAUACGUCAGCCUUUCCUGUUGUGGCGGUGCUGCGGAAGAGCACUCGUCACCACACUUCUAUUUCAUUGUAACCAUAUCGUAGAGUACCGCUGGGUACAUUCUAGGCACUGCGCAUCUGGGCGAAGGCUGGCCGGCUGGCCGUGAGAAGCGCUCGCUGCCAUACCGAAAGAAGGCGAGGGAAAAGGUACAGUCUCAACGGAAAAAGAUUGCCAAAAGUGCACAGCGGCCGGAGCCGCGGCGCUGCACGAGCGCUCCGAUAACGAGACGACGAGAUUGUCGAGCACAUUCCAUUUUCCAAAGGAGGGGUGGCCGGCAGACUGGCAGUAAGUAAGCGGCCCCCAUUGUGCUUUGCACUCUCGAUAUCGGUGUGCUUGGGAGAAAUAGCGCCGCGUGCUGCAAUCUUGCCGCUCCGGCCACCGUUCAUUUCAUUCGCGGCAAUCGUUUCCGUUGAGCCUAGCCAGAACUUUUGCGUCUCCAUCUUGGCGCCCGCAUUUUGUACGCUACGCCGUCUGCCGUGGUGGUUACGUGUUUCCAGAGUUCAGUUAGAAGGUCGAUGACGGCAUCAAAAUCAAAGUACUUGCAAGUGUUCCUGGACUCAUACACAGCUGGGUUUCCGUGCUUUGUGACUUCGCGGAAAGGUGACAAGUACGGAUUGUGUACCAUGUGCGCCGAUGAACUGCUUUGGUGCCUUCACAAGCAAAAAAGUUUGGUUGAAGCAGCUCAAAACAAACAUCCUUACCCCUUUCCGAUGUCAGUCUCCAGUCUCAGUAAUUUCCGCUAUGCAAGAAGAACCCCCCCUCCCCUCCCCGGUGCGGUCUCCCAAAUUUUCAUGCUGUGAGGUUGGCAGGUAUGUAUUUCUAGCAUCACUUUCACGUGGUUUCACCAGGCGAUAGCUUAUUCUUUCCACAACACAUGGUAAUCAAGAUAUCAUGGCUGUAGCAAGACAAUAUGGUAUCUUAUCAAGUUGUCUACGCAGCAUGCACUUUCAGGUAUUGUGGCCAAUCACACAAAGUGUAUUAGACAUAUCAUGGUGUUGCCAGGCAACACCAUGCUGAAAGCAUGCUGGAAACAUGAAUUGAAGCAUGUUUCAUGUGAUCACGAUGUUAUGCAACAUGGCAGCCCUUUUGCUGUUCUAGUUGUGCUGCUAUCUCUCUUUAGGUAUGCAAUUCACUGCUUGCUGUCAUGUGUAUCGCUCAUAUCACUGUGAUCUUUUUAUUUAACCCAAGGUGAAUACGUUAAGUACUUUUUUAUACAGCCCUUGUCGAACAGAUUGUAUAUACUGUGUUUUAAAUAUGACCAGUAAUGACUUCCGCUGGGAGUUCCAAGAGGAAUUUCAGUAGAUGUCCUAGGUAUGUGCAAGUUCCCUACUGCCUGGUUAUUUUAAGAUAUGGGUGAAGAGAAUGAAGAGAAUUUACAUUUAGAUUACAUAUACUUAUAUACGAAACACACGAGACAAAACAGCGCAUUUUAGAGGGACUGACUGGAAUAUAUGUGCCCUCCCUAAUUUUUCUUUGUCAUUCCAUCUGCAUAUGCUCUAUUGUUCAGAGCCCCUUUCCAAAAGUUAUUACUCAUGAUGUGUGUGAACAUUUAUAGCCUUGACAAACAAUAAAAGGUGAUUGGAACAGCUUACAAUGUCAUUGUGUGAAGAAUGCUUCUUUUAAUGGGAGAAAGAUAUGGGUGAAGAAAAUGAAGAGAAUUUACAUUUAGAUUACAUAUACUUAUAUACGAAACACACAAGACAAAACAGCGCAUUUUAGAGGGACUGACUGGAAUAUAUGUGCCCUCCCUAAUUUUUCUUUGUCAUUCCAUCUGCAUAUGCUCUAUUGUUCAGAGCCCCUUUCCCAAAGUUAUUACUCAUGAUGUGUGUGAACAUUUAUAGCCUUGACAAACAAUAAAAGGUGAUUGGAACAGCUUACAA